GGGAGAUAUUAUGAGGCUGGUGUCAUUAGGCGAUAGCCAUUGAAUCAUUGAAUCUUUUUUACUUACCGUAUUUUUCGGUUUUUCUUUUUCUCGAUAAUUUUCUUUCUCUCUCAGGUCAUUUCCAUGGUUUUCAGAUCGCCUUUAGAGCUUUAUCCCUCCCAUUUCUUCCUGCCUAACUUCGCUGAUCGCCCUCUGCUCCUGGCGAACAGCGCUCCCACCACCAGGUCUCCAGAAGACUUGUCCAUGUUUCAGCUACCGACCCUCAACUUCUCCCCGGAGCAGGUGGCAAGCGUCUGCGAGACGCUGGAGGAGACCGGGGACAUCGAACGACUGGGCCGUUUCCUCUGGUCCCUGCCUGUGGCUCCGGGAGCAUGCGAGGCGAUCAACAAACACGAGUCCAUCCUGCGCGCCCGCGCCGUGGUAGCUUUCCACACGGGGAAUUUCAGAGACCUCUAUCACAUCCUGGAAAACCACAAGUUCACCAAGGACUCGCACGGCAAACUGCAGGCCAUGUGGCUGGAAGCUCACUAUCAGGAGGCCGAGAAACUUCGCGGUCGUCCGCUCGGACCGGUCGAUAAGUACCGGGUGCGGAAGAAGUUUCCGCUGCCUCGGACCAUCUGGGACGGGGAGCAGAAGACGCACUGUUUUAAGGAGCGGACACGGAGUCUGCUGAGGGAGUGGUACCUUCAGGACCCGUAUCCAAACCCCAGCAAGAAAAGGGAACUGGCUCAAGCCACAGGACUCACUCCCACACAAGUCGGGAACUGGUUUAAAAACCGGAGGCAACGAGACAGAGCGGCAGCAGCCAAAAACAGGCUUCAGCACCAAGCAAUAGGACCGAGCGGUAUGAGGUCCCUCUCAGAGGCCGGGCUCACCCCUCACAGCUCGGCGGAGUCGCCUUCCACCGCGGCCAGUCCCACCACCAGCGUUUCCAGUAUGACAGAGAGAGUUGAUACUGGGACGUCCAUCCUGUCCGUCACAUCCAGCGAUUCAGAGUGCGAUGUAUGAUACGCAAGGGGGAAAAACACACACACACAAGAACAAACAAAAAGAGAAUUAUUUACAGGAAAAAUGGACCUGAGAGGAAGAAAAAAAGACUUAUGAAAUAUGGUGGAUGAAAAAAGGACCGAUUGAUAUAAAUAUUAAAAUAAAAGAGAUAAAAGCACGUCGGUUUUUUAAAGCGCUUCAAAGGACCCCUCCUCUUCAUACCCCAACACUAAUAGACUACUUGCAUGAUGUUUUUUUCUCUUUUUCAUUUUGUAAUCAGGGAAAAUGCAAGAUUUUCCAUCAAGAACCAGAGGAAAUAAAAACAGAUCGUCUUGACGUCUUCUUCACAUUUUUAACCCCCCCCCCUUCCAAACCCAUCCUUGGAUUUCAGUCCCAUUGGUGAUGAUGAAGGUUAGGAAGCCGCCGUGCAGACAAGAUGCAAUCCUGUUUUAAACUUUGUGUUCAUCAGACAAUCAUUUUAUGUCCUAAGCACCUUUUUUCAAACACACCUCUGUCACUGCCUGUGUGGGGAAAACAUGGUUUUAGAAAUGUGUCAAAAACGGAACCGUUUCUGACUGUAUCAGAUUUUUAUUUUUAUUUUCAAAAUUUUAUAUUGAAUUAUGUAUAUCUCAAAUAAUGCGAUCAUUCUCCCGCUCUGUAAUAUACGUGUAGAAAUAUGCUUGUACAUAAUUAUUGCUCCUCACUCCUGACCUAUCCAGCCCUUCCUCCGUGUCACCCUCUUUUCUAUCCCUUCCUCACUUUUCUUGACUUGGUGUUCCUACAUAAAAUAUUUGUCAAAACUUA